CAAUCUGGUACGUGCCGAAACAACAGCAACCAAGAGCAACCUAGACCCAAAAAUAGUGAACUAUAAAUAGAUUAAGGCAACAAACUUCCAGCCCUUCCAUUUCCCCCAACUAGGAAGAGAAAAUCUAGUCCUGUUUCUCUUGGAGCUUGGGAGAGGAUUGCAAUUCUUUGCCAAUUUGCGACAGAUCAUGCAAGAAUAGGAGGUCAAGAGAAUUGUCGUGACCAAGGUGGAGAUGUCACCAGGAAGAAAACCCUGUUGAUUGUCCUUGGUUGCUCUUUGGAUAUUGGUUCCUAAGGCUUAGAUCAAGAGGUGGAAGGCACAAAAGACUUAAGUUGUGGAUUCCUCGCAGGGUGCCGCGGGCGGCCAGCCGCCUGUGGAACCAGUUAAGAUGAAGGGCCUUCUCAAGGGCCUGCGAUACAUCUCGCAAAUAUUCGUUGCAGACCCCAAGGAGCCGGAGAUCCAGAUCGGGGCGCCGACGGACGUGAAGCACGUCGCGCACAUCGGCUGGGACAACAACUCCGUCGCCAACCCCGCCUGGAUGAACGAGUUCAAGUCGCAGGCGGGAGCGUCGGGGAGCGGCGGGCCGGAGGGCGCGGGGGCGGGGGCGGAGCAGCCCGGAGGAGGAGGAGGAGGGGCGGCCAAGGCGGAGCAGUCGGAGGCGAAGCCUCGGCGGACGAGAGGGAAGGGGUCGGGGAGCGGCGAGGGGAAGCGGGAAGGGCGGCGGACGGCGAAGGCGGAGGCCUCGGCGGAGGGCGGAGAGGGGGAGGCGGCGGCGCCGAAGCCGCGGCGGAGGAAGCCCAAGACGUCCGGGGGCGGCUCGGGGUGCCGCGCCGCGCGCUGCUCGCUGGUACAUACGGGGAGAAGCCUUUUUUUUUUUUUGAAUUUGAACUUGAUUUUCGUUGGGCCUCUGGAGGAGCACAGGAUUUUCGUUGGGCCUUUUUUUUACCUGUUUUUUUCUUUAUAUAAUGCUGCGUUGUUUGUUUUGGGCCGGUGUUUGGAACCGACUGCUUUUAGAAGAUGAUUUAUGGCGGUGUAAUGUGUGUGUGUAGAUGUGGAAAUGGGCCAUCUGUAAUGUGUGCUUAGCGUGUGUUAUUAUCCUUAUUUCUUACUUUAUCUGAGAUGGAAAUAUAUGACAGUUCAUC